CCAGAAGUUAGUUUUUAUCCAUAGUAAGGCGGGUGUGGUGAAUUCCCUAGUAAAAACGGUUUGGACUUAUCAGGUGCGUCCAUCUCCCACACUUAGCCAGCAAGAUAUAUUACUCACCGGCCUGACUGAGGCCAUUAAAAUUGGCCACUGGUUACUAAUUGUAUUUUAUAUGAGUGUGCCGAGUAUCUGAUUAUAAUUUUCCCAGUCACACAUACACUCUUAGUAACUGAUUGGGUUGAAAAAAUCUUGAGCUCUUUCAUGGUCAGCGCAUAAAAGAUAUUUGUCUCAAAAUUUUGGUUACUAAGACCUUGCAAAAAUGGGGAAUUGCCUUUUUAAACAGACUGCUGAUGCCCCUGCUACGUCACCAACUGGAGGACAAGGGGGAGUGGCCACAGCAGAUGUUCAAGCUGACCAUAAGCAGUCAUCAGCUCCUGAGGAGACCAUUGUUAAAAUGGACGCAGUCAAACUUGAAGAGACGGGGGGAGGGGGUGGACUUGACCUGGGUCUGCUAUUCCCAGCUCUCACAGAAGUGACCCCUAGACCACGGGUCGAAGAGCCCUUUGAUUUCCAGAAAGAUGGACGUCCCGUUGUCCGCAUUGGAAGCUGGAAUGUCCUGUCUUGCUGCUUAAACAAGAUUGCAAAUCCAGGAGUGCGAGAAGUCAUCUGUAUGACUGUAUUGGAAAAUGGGUUUGGUAUCCUUGCUCUACAAGAAAUUGCUGACAGAGAGGUUCUAGAUAAGAUCUGUGACGAGCUGAACAAUCCUAUUAUCCCUAAUGUAAAGAAUUGGAAGGGGCAGAGAGGACAUUGGAAAGCUGUGAUAUCAGAUACUCCAGCUGGGAGAAUGUAUCAGGCUCCAGAAUAUAAUGGAUUUAUCUAUGACACCAGCCAAGGCAUUGAGGUGGUGUCAUCUUCCCUCAUAGAGCGACACCGCAGAGGGGCACCCAAGCAAUUCGCGAGGAGGCCUUUUAUGGUGGUUUUUAAGGCAAAGGAGCUCGACUUUGUUGCGGUCAGCGUCCACUUGAAGGCCACUGGACUACAGAUGGAGGACCUUGACCGUUUGCAGGAGGAGAUUGGCAGGUGUCCAUUGGUCUUGGAGGCUAUUCAGGAGCAGCUGCCUGGGGAGAGAGACAUCAUGAUCCUGGGGGACUUUAAUUUGGGACCAGAACAGGAGGAUUUUGAUGCAUUCCGUGAUGCUGGGUAUAAAAACACAGUAGAUGAGCACACCAACACUAACAUCAACCUGCGCAACUUGAAAGGCAGCAGAACCUACGACAACAUUUGGAUGAGUAAACAAGCACAGGAUGUGUUCACAGGUCAGUCCGGGGUCAUCCGUGAGGGGUUGACCCACCAGUGGAUACCCCAUGAUGACUGGUUUUGGGGAGGCAUAGUGGCUGACCACUGUCCAGUGUGGGCCGAGUACUUCACUGACCACGACAUGGACGCAGAUGGUGACCUCACAGCUGGUGUGAAGGGGAUCAAGGUGGAGGAGUGAGAACUGGGGUGAAUCUGAGGCUAGUUUGUGGAGAGGGGAAUGAGAAUUCACAUCAUGAUAGUGAUACAUAAUUGAAACUUACCAGUACUCAGGGGUGGAUUGAGGCUGUCUUUUGGGUCUUCCAGAAGACGUAAAGAUUUUCAAGUUUACAUUGACGGUCAUCAAAUUUCUCCUUUCAGAAGAUGGUCAAAAAGUGCAAAACUGUUGAUGUAUAAUUUACUACUCACAACCAAAUAUUUUCUGAAGAGAACAUAGUGUAAUGGCUGUACCCACAUCACUGGCUUGUCCAUGAAAAGUAUGUAGACAAGCAUAAAUUUCAGGGAAUUUUAAAAAGAAUUUUAUGUAUUUAUUUGUGUCUUUUAAAAUAUUUUUCAAAUUUUUACGGCAAUAUAAUUCUGCAUUACAGAAUAUUCUUCCCAGAGAUUAUUGGAAUUAUCAUGUUUUUACAAGAUCUUAUGCAACUAAUGUCUCUUUUGAAAAUUAUAGAGUAGCUUUUUUGAAAAAAAUUGGAGGGUAGUGUGCAUAGCACAAAGUGAUUUAAAAUCUAACUUUAGAAACUUACUAUAGGUAGUUGAGUGAGGUCUGAGGCAUGAUAGAGAUGUUGAGUUGUAUCUAACAUGGAGCAAAAAGAACAAGAUUCAGAAGAAAAAAAAUCUGGAAUUUAAACAUUUUAUGGCAUGGGGUGACUUGAUAGAGAAAAGAAAAUGUAAUGAAAUGUGUAGUUAUCAAUGAAUGUGAGUUAUGGGGUAUAUGAUGGAAAGAAUGAUGUCAGGUUUGUGUUUACUUAGUCAUAUUUUGACUUCCAUGAAUAUGGUUUAAAAUGGUGCUGUACAUUUAUAACAAAAUGGUAGGUUUUAAAGACAUUGUCUCCUGAAUGUGAUAUGCUUUUAAAGGUGAUUACUUGUGUAGAUUUUUACAUAACACAGUAGCUUCUGGUGAGACACCACAUGAUAAAUAUACUUAUUAGAUAUUAUAUUAGUUUGUGCCCAAUCAUUCUCUUUUUUAAAAAAAAUUUAGACUGGUAAAACUAGGUCAGUAUGGGGUGUUUGACCUCUCUCCUUUUUCUUUUAUUUAGUGUGAGAGUAAAUUUUUUUAGUUUUGGAAAUAUUUAUUGGGACUAUUUUUUGAAUGGAUAUUUCGCACCUUUUCUACAUGUAACAGUACUGUAUAAGGGCAUCAAAGUUUCAUUUUAGCAACAUUUUUAACUAGGUGGAAUUUUGCCUCUAUGGUCCAGCUGCUGGAUUAUGAUAUUUCAGUAAAGACUCCCUGAGGUAAAUUGAGAUAAUACAGAGUUGCUUAUAAGUGCUGAUAUUUUCUUUCCAUUGACUGUUAUCAAAGUGUGUCAUAUGUUACAGAAUCAACAGAAAUACACAUAUAAUCUUUCAAAAAUUAACAGGUUAAUAAACACUGUGCCUUUUAACUACAUUUUUUAUUUAUUUAUCAGAAAACUUACAUAUUUUAUGUUUUCUAAGAAGCUUGAGUCACCAAAUUACCAUGAUUCAUGUUGAAAUAUAAGAUUGUGAUGUAAUUUGAAAAGUAAUCAAGAAUGCUUUGAAAAUAAAUGUUAUAAAUGGUU